AUGACACGCUUCGGACAUCGAGAUCACGGCCAACUCGCCGUAUUGCUGCUAACCAUCGCACUAUUCACGGCGCUCUCCUCGGCCUCAACUUCAUCAUCAUUGCUAUCCAAGGAGGAACUGUGCUCGUUGGACUUCCAGAACUCGCGUCGAGUCGUUGACAUGCUUGAAGUGACGCCGGAACCCGCUCCGUCACACAACGGGAGCGACCCAGGGGUCUACCCUCGCAUCUUGUGCUUCGCCGUGACCUACUCAGCCCAGCACCAGACCCGGGUCCGAGCGGUGGCGGAAACGUGGGGCCAACGCUGCGACCAGCUGCUCUUCUUCAGCAACAUGAGCGACACCAUCGUCGUGGGGGCCGACACUCGCGCCGAACGCCGAUACGAAGUCGUGCAGCUCGACAUCAUCGCAGACCACGCGCAUCUGUGGCUGCGCACCAGAGCAGCACUGGAAUACCUGCACACCCACUACCGUCACGACUACGACUGGUUCUACAAGUGCGACGACGACACGUACGCCAUCAUUGAGAACAUGAGGAAAUACCUGAAAAGACCCGAGAUCGUGCAGCGAUUCAACCGAGAGCCGAUGCAAAUGGGCCAUCGCUUCAACAUGCCCGACGAGGCCUUCAACUUCUACAUCAGAAAUGAGACGCUUAACGAUCUUUGGCGCUCACGAUGGGACCGCCUGGUCUACAAUUCUGGCGGCGCUGGCUACGUGAUGAACAGACUUUACUUGGACAAGAUCGUCGAGUCUCUGCAAGACUGGACGUGUCUACCGGACGAGGCUAGCGGGACGAUGCCCGAGGACGCCGGUGUAUCGUUUUGUAUGAUGUGGAACGACGUCUACCCCUGGGACACUCGAGACCACCGCGGCCGAGAGCGCUGGCACGCGUUCAACCCGGAAUUAGUCUUCGCUACGUGGCAAGACCCUAAUGAAUGGUACGUCAAAUACCACAAGAGGGUGGGCGGGGUGCGCUCCAAGUUUGACAGUGCUGCCCCGGACAGCGUGGCUUUCCAUUACGUCAAGCCGCCGCUGAUGUACCACAUCGAGCGCAGCCUCUAUCUCUGUCGGUCGGAACACGAUCACAUUUCCGCCUUUAAUGAGGCGUUUGGGCUGGCGAUUGGAGAUAAGGUGAUGGAGCUUUAA